GACGCAGUCGGAUCCAAGUCAACCCGCCAAGAAACCCUACCGUCCAAACAGCUCAUUUCGCGGCAUUUUUGCUUCUACCGAUUCAUCGGAGAAGAAAGCAGCAAAGCACAGACAAUACACAGCAAGCAUCAAUCUCCCAACCGUCGGCGGCUUCCUCGUGCCAUAAAUACAUUCCCAGUUUCUACGGGUCUGGAAACCCGGUCCCCCUAUCUAAUCCCGUCCCCGAUUUUGGGAGGGAAUCGCAUUUCAAAAACUGGACUUUCGCCGGCACUUCUCCAGUGCCAAAAACAACACUUCCACACUCUGGCGGCGGCGCUAUCGGUCUCAGCUAGUGAUCAGUAUCUCUAGCGGAAGUGUGAAAUUCGGGAAAUGGCGGCGGCUGGCGCGUUUGGAGUGACGCCGCACAAAGUCUCGGUCUGCGUUCUGCUCCAGAUGUACGCACCGCCGGCUCAGGCCGAGCCUCUUUUCUCGGUGUCUCAGCACAAUCACCUUGGCCUCUACUUGUUAGCCAUCACUAAGUCCCAUGGCGAUUUUCUGGAGCCGAAACUGGCCGAUCUUCUGACUCAAUUGAAGGACAUUAGCGGUUCCUUGGGUGAUUGGUUGAUUGAACAUUUAACGAAUAGGCUCUCUUCUCUGUCUUCACCGGAUGAUUUGGCUGUUCUCUUCAGUGAAUUUCGAGGGACACUUGGGGGAACUGAAUCUGCUGUUAUUGAAGAUAAUCAAGUUGUUUUGGACCCAAACAGCUACCUCGGGAUGUUUGUGCGUCGUUGUGUACUUGCUUUUAACCUCUUAUCGUUCGAGGGCGUCUGCCACCUUUUGACAAAUAUAGGAAAUUACUGCAAAGAAGCCCUCUCAAGUUGCCUCCCCUAUGAGUUGCAUGGUUUAGAUGAUUCUGUUAAUGACUUGGAGACAUCAUCGGCAUACGAGAACAUGGACUUGGAAAAUUUUGUCUUUCAGAAAGUAACAGAAGAAAUUGUAGCAAACAAGCAGGCCAGUCAACGGAACUCUUUUCACCUGCAUACAUCCAAAGCACUUUCUGGACUGGUUGAAGAUGUUGAGAUUGUUGCUGGUUCACUAUACAAUCACGCUGGCAAUAGUGGAGAAACAUGUUCCAGCUCAGAUACCAUCGCAAGUGGAACAAGAGGUGCUGAUACUUCUGGGAACAUGUUCCUGAGAACAACAAGCCAACUGCAAGGCUUCUUCAUGGAACAGGCAGAUGCAAUUGAGAAGCAUGGUUGUUCGUUCCCAUUAAAUGGCUUUGAAGUUAUCUUAAACCGCAUUAAAAAUUUGGCUCCUGAGCUACACCGUGUGCACUUCUUACAUUACUUGACUUGCCUUUAUCAUGAUGAUUAUUUUGGUGCUCUGGAGAACCUCCAACGCUUUUUUGAUUACAGUGUAGGAAUUGGUGGAUUUGAUAUCACACCUGUACCAUCACAAUCCAAAGGAUUUGAGAGAUACGAGACAGGACUGUUGUGUUUGGGAAUGCUGCAGUUCCACUUUGGGCAUCCAAAACAAGCUUUGGAGGUUCUGACUGAAGCAGUCCGUGUUUCUCAACAGCAAAGUAAUGAUAGUUGUCUUGCAUACACUUUGGCCACUAUCUGUACCUUAUCUUCUGAAAUGGGUAGCUCCAGUACCAGUGGGCUACUUGGAACAUCAUAUUCACAUACAGCUACCAUUGGCACAUCAUUGUAUUUCAAGCAACAAUUAUUUGUUCUCUUGAGAGAGGCUCUUAAAAGAGCGGAAAGUUUGAGCUUGAAAAGGCUGAUCGCUUCUAAUCAUCUGGCAAUGGCCAAGUUUGACUUAAUGAAUGUUCAACGACCCCUACUAUCAUUUGGUCCCAAAGCAUCCAUAAAGCUUCGAACAUGUCCAAUCACGGUAUGUAAGGAAUUGAGAUCAUGCUUGCAUUUGGUUAGUGAAUAUGCCUCUGAAAGCCCUACAAUGACAAUUGAAGGUGCUUUUAGCACAGCAUGGCUUAACAAUUUAAGAAGUCCAAUGGGUGCAUCAGUGCUGUCCCUAGACAAUGGAGUUGUGGAGAGUUCUAAUGCCUUUCAGUUCUGUGCUCAACCAAGCUCAAUUCCCAGAUCUGUUUUGCAAUUAGUAGGUUCUUCAUACUUGGUUCGUGCGACAGCUUGGGAGAUAUAUGGAAGUGCCACCCUUGCUCGAGUGAACUCGUUUGUUUUUGCAACAUGUUAUCUUGAUGCUUCAAGUUCGUCAGAUGCAGCAUUGGUGCAUGCAAAGCUGAUCCAGCACUUAGCAACAUUUCAAGGAUAUAAAGAUGCUUUCUCUGCUCUCAAAGUAGCCGAGGAGAAGUUCUUAUCCAUCUCAAGGCCAGUAAUUUUGCUUCUUAAACUGCAGCUGCUCCAUGAACGUGCUUUGCAUAGAGGAAAUCUGAAGCUAGCAUUACAACUGUGUAAUGAGCUUGGAGUAUUAGCAUCACCUUUCAACGGUGUUGAUAAUCAGCUGAAAAUUGAAGCAAGCAUGCGCCAUGCACGGACAUUGCUUGCGGCCAAACAGUAUAGACAGGCAUCAGAAGUUGCUCAGUCUCUCUUCUGCUUGUGCUACCAAUUCAACAUGCAGGUGGAGAAUGCUAGUGUUCUUCUUCUGCUAGCGGAGAUUCACAAGAAAUCAGGAAAUGCUGUUUUAGGCCUUCCAUAUGCACUUGCAAGCCUCUCAUUUUGUCAGUCAUUUAACUUGGAUCUCCUGGAAGCAUCAGCCAAAGUAACAUUGGCAGAGUUAUGGCUAUCACUGGGAACAAACCAUGCAAAAAGGGCUUUAACUCUGCUACAUGGAGCCUUUCCAAUGGUCCUUGGUCAUGGCGGCCUGGAGCUCCGUGCUAGGGCUCGCCUUAUCGAAGCACAAUGCUAUUUAUGUGACCCAAGCUAUUCAGUGGUCGAGGACUCUGAGAUCGUGCUGGAUGCUCUGAAGCAGGCUUCCGAUGAAUUCGAAGUCUUGGAGUACCCACGAAAUGGCAGCGGAAGCUUUCUACUUGAUGGCUCUGGUUUACGACAAGCUGGGACAGGCGGAGGAAAGAGAAGAAGCUUCAGUUUCAUUCAAGAAACACAUACUGGCUCUUGAGAAUCCUCGGGAGCAGGAGGAAGAAGAUGAACAUGUAUCGGAAAUGCUGCGUAGAGUAGAGAACAACCAACUGUUGAAGCUCUCGACUGCUUCGGAGUUUAGAUUAGAUCUCCAUGAAUGUGGUGCACUACUAAAACGACCCAUGUAAGUACCAACUUUUCAACCAUCUAUUUUUCUUUCUGGUUACGAAUUCUCACCAUCAAUCUAAUUACACAUUUGGUAAGAGACUAAGAGAUCAACAACUGCUCUGAAACAAAGACAGCAGAGAUGGUAACUACAACAACACGAGGAGAAGAAAAAUACGAAACAAAAGAAUUUCCAGAAAAUCUAGUUGGUCUUCAAGAAAGCAUCAACCCUGGUGUUCACUCCCCCCUUCAAGAACUUCAUACAGAUCGGCGGCUUCACACCGACCAACGCCAGUAUCGAGCUCGGCAGCGUCCAUAUCCCAUCCCCACAGAUCAACCCCGACGCAACAGCCGGCCCGAACGCAUCCGCCUUCGCCUUGUCAACCUUCCCCCACACGAACAAGAUCAAGCUCCCCACACACAUGUCGAUGGCGAAGUACCCGCCGAGGUAGAACGGUAUCGCCAUCGCCAUGGGCAGCGGUAUGAACUUGGCCCACCUCGGCCCGACCAAGUCCCUAACUCCAUUGACGAGAAUUGCAGCAGAGAAGAAGAUGCAGCAGAGCAUCAGGCAGUUCUUCGGCAGAGCAGAGAAGCCUUCCACCCCAAGCAACGACAUGUUGCGGUAGACCAAAGCGUAUGGGGCCGGGUACUCGGACCCGGGCUGGCCCAAAUCGUCGAAGGCCUUGUAGAACAGCCAGAAGACGCAUGGGCCGAUCACGCAGCCCAUCGCGGUCCCGAUCACCUGGCUGAUGAACAUGGAGCGAGGAGAGGCGAGAGUCAUGUAGCCGGUCUUGAAGUCCUGCAUCAGGUCAGAAGCUGUGGAGACGAUGUUCAUCAUGACGCCGCAGGCGGCCAGACCGGCGAGGACGCCGCCGUGGGACGCGCCGACCCACGCGCCGAUGGUGAAGAUGGCGAGCUUGCCGUAGGUGGAGGCUAGAGACCAGUCGGUCAGCCCGGUGCCGUACGCGUUGCAGAAUGCGAGGACCGGGGCGAUGAUGUAGAUGACGACGAUGUGGUACCAAUGGAGCUGGUGGAAGAUGUGGGGGACGAGGACGGCGGAGACUACGGCGAUGGAGAUGUAGCCGCCGGCUGCGAUCCAGGUUGGGAUUUGGUCCUUGAGGAAGAGCUCGGUGCGUCUCUGUUCGUCGUAGGUGAGUGGUGGGGGAAGGGUGGUCGGGGAUGUAGAGUUGGCGCCGCCGCCGCCGCCGGCGACUGGGAGGACGGUGGUGAUGGAUGGGUCUUUGCGAGAGAACUGGUUGUAUAAGCCUUGUAUGGUUCGGCCGAAGACUUUGAUGAAGUUGUAGACGCCGUCGCCGAGGAUCAUGGCUAUGGCGAUGAAUAUCUUGUAACCUUGGAGGCCGGAAAGACUGCUUGGUGGGAGGUCAGCAGGGUACCAGUUACCUCUCUGGUUGUUAAUCAUAGGCCACAUGAGACCCCAGGACACAACUGCUCCAAGCAGCAGAGAUAUGUUGACUAGGUAUGGACAGAUCAUUCCCACACCAACGUAAGUUGCAGAGAAAUCGAAGAAGAAUUUGUGUUCAUAGGCCUGGAGACCGAAAGUAGGGAAAUUCACGAAUCCACAGCCAUCCCCUGCAGUGAAGAACCACUGGAAGAAGCCCCACAGGAAGCUGAAGGAGAAGAAUUUCCCCAGUGCUCUCACUUGCUUCUUGGCUAGCUUAGCACCCUGAGGAGUAUGGAAACUAUUGAUAAGAUGAGCAGUUGCAGUGCCACUUGGAUAUGUCAACUUGAAGUCUACCACCAUAAUCUUUCUGAGAGGAACCACAGAGAAGAGGCCAAGAAAGCUGACUACAAAAAGGAACGCAAUCAUCCAUCCCAGUGAUGGGUCCUUGAUAUUCUGCGCACUGUUUGCUUCUUUGGAUUGCUUGGCAACUAUGUCACUCAUCCCAAAUAGAUAACUUCCAAAACCACCUGCAUCAGGCGAUUCCGGAAGUCGCGACGACGCAGGUCUGAAUGACGGUGUUCUCCUGGCGAGUGAACGGCUGCUUGAGCAUGCCGGCCUUCUGGAUCAGCUUGGUCCAGGUCUUGACGAAGAAGAACCCGAGCAAUCCGGCGGAGACGUUGAGCGACGGGAUGAUUCCGGUGGUGAGGUUGAGCUUCAUGACUAUGAAGGUGAAGAGAACCCCUAGGAUGAAGCUGACGACGAACGCCCUGACCGUGAGCUGCUUCUGCCACGGCGGCACCUCCUUCGCCUCGAAGAUCUUCUCCACCGAAUCCAGCUCCAGUUCCAUGGAAGACGACAUCGUCUUGCCGAACUUGUUCCGCCUCAUCCUCGUCUUCUCCUCCACUUCGUCGGCGUAGUAGCUUUCCUCUUCCCCGUCGCCGAAGUUUCUCUCGGUCGCCAUUUUUGGGAGUGGGAGAGCAAAUUGCCGGAGCCUGUGCUUUUUAUAUCGCCGGUUCCCCCUUCUUCUAAUGUGAAUUGGGGUAGGG